AUGUCUGUAUCUCACGGGCUAAAGAGGAGCGCGACCCUUCCUGUCGAUUCUUCAACAUCUAAUUCGACAGAAGACCAUGUUUAUUCAAAUGUACUUGAAGAAUAUGACAUAAAUAAAAAUAAUCCCAUAGGUUAUGGUGCUUCUGCAAUUGUAUAUGGAGCCAUAUAUAAGCCUCUUAAUAAAACUGUUGCGGUUAAAAUUAUUGAUUUGGAUUAUUUCGAAAGAAAUCAAAUCGACGAAGUGAGGAGAGAAACUCAAUUGAUGUCUCUGUCCAAGCAUCCUAAUAUUCUACGUGUUUAUGGCUCUUUUGUGAACGAGUCAAAGUUAUUCAUUGUUACUCCUUACAUGUCGGCUGGUUCUUGUUCGGAUAUCAUGAAGACUGCUUAUCCUGAUGGCUUUGAGGAAAUUGUGAUAGCAACUAUACUGAAGCAGGCCCUUCAAGGUUUAGAAUACUUGCACAAACAUGGUCACAUUCAUAGGGAUGUUAAAGCUGGAAAUCUACUCGUGGAUGAAGAUGGAACUGUCUUACUAGCUGAUUUUGGUGUAUCUUCGUCCUUAACAGAAGGUGGAGAUAAAAAGUCUCGAAAAACUUUUGUGGGAACGCCUUGUUGGAUGGCCCCGGAGGUGAUGGAGGGUGCAGAAUACGAUUACAAAGCAGAUAUUUGGUCAUUUGGAAUAACCUCAUUGGAAUUGGCGACCGGGCAUGCACCUUUUGCAAAAUUUCCUCCACUAAAGGUGAUUAUGAUUACCAUUCAAAAUGAACCUCCAACAUUGGAUAGAGAUGCGACCAAACAUAAAUAUGCGCAAUCCUUCAAGGAAAUGAUUGAUAAAUGCUUGCAAAAGGAUCCAACGAAACGACCAACUACCGAAAAGCUGUUGACACACGCGUUCUUUAAACAAGCAAAAAAAAAGGACUAUUUAGUUACAAAGAUAUUGCAUUCCUUAAAACCAUUGGAAGAGAGACCACAUAAAAGAGUCCAACAGAAACCUAUUGUUUUUGAAAAAGGAGUUACAUGGGAUUUUACCGAUGACGGUGAAUAUAGAGAAAGAGAAGUAUCUGAUGAGACCUUAUCUAACUCAGAAAAACGGGUAGUUUUUUCUUUGUCUUCAGAAGGCGGGGAACAACCUACUUUGAAAGAGGAGCAAGGUAGAAAGUCAAGGUUUCUUGUUAAUCAGGGUGCUAAUUCGGAAACAGAAGCGACCGCCUUACAAUCUCCCCCUCCUAUGGUGUCUCAAAAUGCGUUUUCACAACCUCAGUCUCCUGCUGAAAUCAAUGCCAAUGGAUUGACCCAGCAAGAUAUAGUUAAUGAAGAACAAGUGCAGCAACGUCUGCAAAAAAAGGGAAGAUUCGUAAUCGGUGAUAAAAAUGUGGCACAAGCAGAAGUAGAAAGUCAUAAUACUAGUUUUCCAAGAGAGCAGUUAAACGAGAAUUUAACAGACAAUAGAAAGGGUAGGUUCCGACUCGGAGAUGCUAGCACUUUAGCAAAUCAAACUAUUACUAAAAUUAGUAUGAAGAAGAAACUUAGUACAGAAGCAGGAAUAGAUGGGAAUUCAAUGGCACACCUCUUUCAAGAUUCUGAUUCAAUUGGUUCUCACAUAUCGAAAUUAAUUCAACAUAAUGAGUCACAGCGCAUUAUUUUAAAUGAGAUCCUACAACAGCAAAUUCAAAAUUAUCAAAAACCUUCCACAUUAAAUGGAAAUGAUACAACCACGAGAGACUUGAAUGAUGUAGUGCGUGAAAAUGAAGAACUUCGGAAACAAAACGAGGAAUUAAAAAGAAAGAUUGAAUAUUUAGAAAAAAAUCUGAGAGAUCUUAAUCCUUCGACUAUUAAUGCUAAUGCGAAUUCAGAAACUGCUAGAGAUCCUUCAGAUGUUAAUGACGCGGCGGCUCCAUCUUUAGAUGAUUCGAAUAGUGCUUCAAAUUCGCUUUAG